ACGGCAAUGCUCCGGAGAAUGACUUUCCCACAACUGGUUUUCGCUGCCUUCCUUGGUGUUGCUGGAGGACUGUAUAUUUAUCAGCCGAUAUUUGAACAGUAUUCCAGAGAGCAGAAGGAAUUAAGAGAAAAGGUGAAAUUGUUGCAAGAAUCAGAAGAAAAGAGGACCUAAUCCUGCAUGAAGUGAAGUUGUAGGCAUUGCUUACCAUUUUAUUGAAAUUACACAUGGAUUAUUAAUCUAGUAAAAACUUAGGUACAUUUUAAAUAAAUAAAUCAUGGGUAAAGGA